AUGACUUAUGUUCGUAAAUUUGGCCGUCCAGAUUUAUUUAUUACUUUUACAUGCAACCCGGAAUGGCCGGAAAUAAAAAAUGAAUUAUUUCAAGACCAAAAUGUUGAAUGGCAAAAACGAGGUUUGCCACACUGCCACAUUCUUUUGUGGUUACAAACGAAAAUUCAGCCAGAUGAAAUUGAUAAAAUUAUUUCUGCCGAGAUACCAAACAAAGACAGAGAUCCUAUACUUUAUGAAAUAGUAUGCAAGAAUAUGAUUCAUGGCCCAUGCGGCGAGUUAAAUAUUAGAUCGCCAUGUAUGAAUAAUGGAAAAUGUAGUAAGAAACACCCUCACAAAUUGGUCAAGGAUACUCAAACUGGAGAUGAUGGUUAUCCGACUUACCGACGGAGAUCACCAGAUGAUGGAGGUUAUACUGCAAUAUUAAAAGUUCGUGGUCAAACAGAAAUCGUGGUUGACAACCGUUGGGUUGUACCGUAUUGUCCAGUGCUAUCUAGGUGCUUUAAUGCGCAUAUUAACGUAGAUUACUGUCAUUCGGUUAAAGCGAUAAAAUACAUAUGUAAAUAUAUUAAUAAAGGAUCAGAUAGAGCUACUUUUUCUGUUAAUCGUGAAAACGAUGAGAUUACAAAUUAUUUGAAUGGUCGAUACAUAUUUAUUGAAAAUCCAAGAAAAACGACACUAACUGCAUUUUUUGAACUGUGUUCACAUGAUGAUUUUGCGAAAACACUGUUCUAUCAUGAAGUUCCUUCUUAUUACACCUGGGAUAAUAGCAGAGGCUGGUUAAAGAGGAGACGGGGAAAAGAUGUUCCAGGUUGGCCAGGAAUAAAAAUGGACACUGCCAUUGGUAGAAUUUACACGAUUCACCCAAAUCAAAUUUUCUGCCAACCGUCUGAACCUCAAUCUUUGUGGGAACAGUUCAGAAAUGAUUUUUGUGAAGAUAUUCUUCAUACAGAGCGCACUCGAUUAAAUGACUUGCAAUUUACUUUUUCUGAUGAAAUAUUUAAUAGAGGUUUGAUUGAAAUAGAAGAUAAAGUUGUUUGUCUGUCUGAAAAAUAUUUAACUGAAUUUGGAAUGAACUCACCUGUUCGAAAUGAAAAUGCAUCUGAUCCUUUUGAAUUCUCAAUUUUGCGUUCUUACAAUAAUAACCGAUUACAAGAAUUUGUAGAAAUCAAUUUACCAAAAUUAGUAAAUGAUCAAAAAUAUGCUUUUAAUGUUAUUACAGAAAGCGUAAUGAAUCAUCAAGGAAGAGUUUUUUUUUUAGAUGCUCCGGGUGGUUCAGGAAAAACAUUCCUAAUUAAUUUGUUGUUGGCUCAAAUUAGAUCCUCAGGUAAAGUUGCAUUAGCAGUAGCUUCAUCUGGUAUAGCAGCAACUCUCCUUAGUGGCGGCAGAACUGCUCACUCGACUUUCAAGUUACCGUUAAAUGUAUUAUUUGAUACAGAAUACGUUUGUCCGAUUCGUAAAAAUGGCCCUCUUGGAAAAAUUCUUCAAGAAACCUCAUUCGUUGUGUGGGAUGAGUGUACAAUGAGUCACAGAUCACAUAUCGAAGCAAUUGAUCGAACAUUAAAAGAUCUUAGGUGUAAUAAUAAGUUUAUGGGUGGCAUAACAUUUGUUUUCGCUGGUGAUUUCCGUCAAACCUUACCAGUAAUCCCUAAAGGUACUCGAGCUGAUGUCGUUAAUGCUUGCUUAAAAUCUUCCCCUAUAUGGAACUAUGUUGAAAAACUUUAUUUGCGAACAAACAUGAGAGUUUAUUUAUGCGGAGGGGACGAUAUUUUUCCAGCACAGUUGUUGAAAAUUGGAAAUGGAACUUUAGAAAAUGAAAAUGGUUACAUUUCUGUCAAUCACACGAUUGGACGGGUGGUCAAUAACGUGGAAGAGUUGAUUUCUACAGUUUAUCCUGACAUUUUUAAUCUGUCCAAUAAAUCUUAUCAGUGGUUAUGUGAAAGAGCUAUUAUCUCUCCAAGAAAUGUAACAGCAGAAGAAAUUAAUGAUAUCAUCCUUCUAAAAUUCGAUGGACACUCACGUGAAUAUCUAUCUAUUGAUACAGUUACAUCAACAGAUGAUGCUAUUCAUUAUCCACAAGAAUUUCUCAAUUCUCUUUCUCCUUCGGGAUUUCCUCCUCAUAAACUAAAAUUAAAAAUUGGUGCUCCAAUUACAUUAUUACGUAAUCUUCAACCACCGAACUUGUAA